AUGGCUGUUAAUUCGGUGUUCAACAAGCAACUGUCGCUGGCCACCAAUGCGGCUGCGCAGAAAAUAGGUAGCGGCCUGUGGGGUCACAUGCUGAUCAGCACCAAUGUGUUCACGAAAGCGAUUUUCACGGUGACCGGCAAAGAUAUGGCCGUUUUCAUCGACCAAUGGGUGCGCACGGGCGGACACGCGAAAUUCCACCUAACGUCCGUAUUCAAUCGCAAAAGAAAUACGAUCGAGUUGGAGAUUAGACAGGAUGCAACGUCGCAAACGGGCAUCCGCAAGUAUGUCGGCCCGCUGUUGGUCACCCUUCAGGAGCUCGACGGCACAUUCAAACAUAACCUCCAGAUCGAGAACACGGUUGUCAAGUCGGAUAUCACGUGCCACUCGAAAAGCCGGCGCAACAAGAAGAAGAAGAUCCCGCUGUGCACUGGCGAGGAGGUCGAUAUGGAUCUGAGUGCGAUGGAUGAUUCCCCAGUGCUGUGGAUCAGGUUGGAUCCCGAAAUGACGCUGCUGAGGUCAGUGGUGAUCGAGCAGCCCGACUAUCAGUGGCAGUAUCAGCUGAGGCAUGAGCGUGACGUCACGGCUCAGACCGAGGCCAUUUACGCUUUGGAAAGGUACCCGACGCCUGCUACCCGAAUGGCGCUGACUGACACCAUCGAAAACGAGCAGUGCUACUAUAAGGUGCGCUGCAAAGCCGCCCAUUGUCUGACCAAAGUGGCCAAUGCGAUGGUGGCUAAUUGGUCGGGGCCGCCCGCGAUGUUGACGAUUUUCCGCAAGUUUUUCGGCUCGUUCGCCGCACCGCACAUCAUCAAGCAAAACAGCUUCCAGAACUUCCAGCACUAUUUCCUGCAGAAAAACAUUCCGCUCGCGAUGUCCGGCCUCAGAAACGCCCACGGGAUCUGUCCGAAGGACGUCAUGCGGUUCCUGCUCGAGCUGUUCAAGUACAACGACAAUUCGAAGAAUCGCUUUUCCGACAAUUAUUAUCGGGCCGCUCUCGUGCAGGCUUUAGGCAAUGCGAUCACGCCGGUGGUCUCGAUGGCGGUGCAGCAGGGCAGUUCGAUCACGGCCGACAAUCUGAGCGCCGACACCAAGUCGAUUUUGGAGGAGAUCACGCGGGUGCUCAAUCUGGAAAAGGCGCUGCCCUGCUACAAGUACACCGUUUCGGUCGAGUGUCUGAAGGUGAUCAGGAAGAUGCAGCGCUUCGGCCAUCUGCCCAGCAGGUCGACGAUUUUCAAAUUCUACGCCGAGUACGGACAUUAUACCGAUGUGCGACUAGCCGCCCUAGAAUGCUUGGUGGAAUUUGUGAAAGCCGAUGGAAAAAUGGACGAUUUACGUCACGUCCUGGACAUCGUGGAAACGGAUCCCGAUCCAGGGCUGCGCCACAAACUGGCGCUAAUCCUGGUGAAGAAUCCGCCCUUUAAGCGCGCGCAUCGCUCCAAACUGGACGUUCCCGAGUUGGUCGAGCGCAUUUGGGGCAACAUCAACGGAAUGCUGUCGCACGACACCCGAAUCCGGUGCGACUUGGUCGAUCUCUAUUACACCCUGUACGGGAACAGGCGCCCCAUCUGUAUCCCGUUGCCCGAACUGUCGGGCCUAAUGAAUCUGGCCAAGCCCGAUAUGAAGAAGCUGAAGGGCCCCAUUCCGCGUCUGGCGCACUCCGAGAGCGCAGAACCGAAAAAGGAACCCAAAGCCAGCCCCUGCGCAGUCAAAGUCAAGGAGGCGCCGCCCGAGGCCACGCCCCUGGACGCCGUCCAGGCCAGGGUCAAGGCGGAGUUGCCAACUGUUGCCGAUGCGACAAUGGAAGAGCCGGCAAAGCAGGAAUUCUUCUCGGACAAUUCGGUGUCGUUGCCCGGCCUGGGCCAGACCGGGCCUGUCGGCUUCGAGCCCGGGAUGUUCAAAAAGGAGGAGGGGGACGCCCAUGGAGUCAAACAUAAGGACAGGGGCGACAAGACGGACCCUUCGGGAAUUAAGGCGAAAAAGCGGAAAAAGGACAAGAAAAAACACAAGCAUAAACACAAGCACAAGCACGAACAUAAACACAAAAAGGAGCGCGUGAAGAAGGAGGGGGAGACCGCAUCGAGCACUCGGGACGAGACCACGCCCAGCUCGACCAGCUCGACCCCCAGCCCCAAUCCGCCCGGCGAGUCAAUGGGUUAAGGGGUGGGGGUUUAAGCAAGAAACGCUUAUUCAGAUAGGAUUAUAUUUAUGUUAACUGUCGAUUAUAUAGAAUAGUGUGUGCCUGUCACGAUAAAAUAGGUUUUACACAUUGUAAUAGUUAAAUUUCCAUUGGGAUAUGUGUCAAUAAACAAGAACAGUUAUUUUCUAUUAA